AUGGCGGCGGCAGCCAGCAAUAGUAACAAUAAGAUCAAGACGGUGGUGGUGCUGGUGCAGGAGAACCGCUCCUUCGACCACAUGCUGGGGUGGAUGAAGACGCUGAACCCGGACAUCGACGGCGUGACGGGCGGCGAGACCAACCACGUGGACGCGUCCGACCCGACCUCCCGCGCCGUCCGCUUCAGCGACGGCGCCGAGUACGUGGACCCGGACCCGGGCCACUCCAUGCAGGCCAUCUACGAGCAGGUGUACGGGACACCCUUCAUCGACGCCGCCACAACGCCCAUCACCCCGCCGGGCGUGCCAGCGCCGCCCAUGACCGGCUUCGCGCAGCAGGCGGAGAAGGAGAAAGCCGGCAUGUCCGGCACCGUCAUGAGCGGGUUCCGCCCCGACGCCGUGCCCGUGUACCGCGAGCUGGUGAAGGAGUUCGCCGUGUGCGACCGGUGGUUCGCGUCGAACCCGGCGUCGACGCAGCCCAACCGGCUGUUCGUGCACUCCGCCACCUCCCGCGGCCUCGUCAGCAACGACACCAAGGCGCUGGUGGCGGGCCUCCCGCAGCGGACCAUCUUCGACGCGCUCCACGACGAGGGCUUCUCCUUCGGCAUCUACUACCAGUACCCGCCGUCGACGCUCUUCUACCGGAACCUCCGGCAGCUCAAGUACGCGGGCAGCUUCCACGCCUUGGACCUCGACUUCCGGCGUCACUGCCGGGAGGGAAAGCUGCCCAGCUACGUCGUCGUGGAGCAGCGCUACUUCGACCUGGAGAUCCUCCCGGGGAACGACGACCACCCGUCCCAUGACGUGGCCGAAGGCCAGCGGUUCGUCAAGGAGGUGUACGAGGCGCUGCGGUCGGGGCCGCAGUGGGAGGAGACGCUCCUCGUCGUCACCUACGACGAGCACGGCGGGUUCUACGACCACGUGCCCACGCCCGCCGGCGCCGGCGUCGUGCCUAGCCCCGACGGCAUCGUCAGCGCCGCGCCUUUCUUCUUCAGCUUCGACCGCCUCGGCGUCCGCGUCCCGGCGCUGCUCGUGUCGCCGUGGAUCGAGCCCGGGACUGUGCUGCAUAGGCCGUCAGGGCCAUACCCGACGUCGGAGUUCGAGCACUCCUCCAUCCCGGCCACCGUCAAGAAGCUCUUCAACCUCAGGAGCUUCCUCACCAAGCGCGACGCCUGGGCCGGCACCUUCGACUGCUUCCUCACGCGCGACACGCCGCGCACCGACUGCCCACUUACCCUGCCUGAGCCAGUGAAGCUGCGGCGGACGGCGGCCGCGGAGCAAGCCCCGUUGUCGGAGUUCCAGGAGGAGCUGGUGCAGCUCGCCGCGGUGCUCAACGGCGACCACACCAAGGACUUGUACCCGCACAAGCUCGUGGAGGGGAUGACGGUGGCGGAGGCGGCCAGGUACUGCGUCGACGCCUUCAAGGCCUUCCGCGACGAGUGCGAAAAAUGCAUGAAGCGCGGCGAGGACGGCUCCCACAUCCCCACGGUGAAGCCGUCGUUGUCGGGGAAGGACAAGGACAAGAGCAAGAGCAGCUUCGUUUCCAAGGCGCUGGCUUGCCUCCCCUGUGCCCGUCCCUCGUGA